AGCCAUGAUUGACACUUGUCAUGGCGUGUCGAUUUCUUGUGUUUAAGUAUCUAAAGCACAACAAUGUGUGCGGUAUUAACCAUAAUGUAUUAUUUGUAUUAAAAUUCUGGUAGUAUGUGUAUUUAUUAUAAAUUAUGUUUAUACGUACACGGUUUAUACGUAAAAGAUGUUAAACAAAUAAUUGAUAUACUCUACUCAAGUUUGUAGUUAAGAUGCUUAUUGUACGUCUUUUCGGCAUAGAAUUUUCAGCGAGUUUUUGCUUUGACGUUUUGUUACGAAUCAUUCUGGCAUUAUUGUUUCUAGAACUGGAACAAGCAGAGCCAUUUACUAGAAAAAUACACGAAGAUGAAUUAUGGUUAUAUAAAAAUCCACAAACAGAUUCCUAUGUUCCAACUACAGUAUUAUGGCCUCUUGUAUUCUUGAUACCAGUUGUUGUGAUAUUAUUUUCAUUUAUAAUCAAUAAAGAUAGAAUUGAUUUUUCUCAAGCUCUGUUAUGUGUAACAUUAGCUUUGGGAUUUAAUGGUUUAAUUACAGAUAUUAUAAAGCUUAUAGUUGGACGACCAAGGCCAGAUUUUUUUUGGCGAUGUUUUCCAGAUGGGCAAAUGAAUUCUGAAUUUAAAUGUACGGGAAAUCCAAUUACUAUUAGAGAUGGAAAAAAAUCAUUCCCGAGUGGACAUUCCUCAUUUGCAUUUGCAAGCUUUGGUUUCGUGGCACUAUAUUUAGCAGGAAAACUUCACACAUUCAGCUUAACAGGCAAAGCCCAAUCUUGGAAACUGUGUUUCUUUAUUCUUCCAAUUUGUAUUGCUCUUGUUAUUGCAUUAAGUCGUACUUGUGAUUAUCAUCAUCAUUGGCAAGAUAUUGUAGCUGGUGGAAUUAUAGGAUCUUGUUUAACAUACAUAUGUUAUAGACAUUACUAUCCACCAUUAGAUUCUCAAAUGUGUCAUAAACCAUAUGCAGCGUUCACUAUGCAAUUGCAACUGGAGAAUAUUAAAAAUAACAAAAGUGAACAGAUCAAAUGGAUAUAAUAUAAAGAAUUUAACAUUGACUGUUGCCAUUUAAUGAAAAAACAAUAAUGUAUUAAGUUAAAUACUUUAAUCCUAUAAAUUGUCUCCAAUUCUUUGUAAACAAGAACCCUCUAUGAAUAACAAGAUAACCUAUAAAAUACAUCCGAUGAACGAUC